UCACACUCAUCCAGUGCUUGUACUCCAGCAUUCGGGCAUCAGUCGUCAAAGGAGGAGGCGAGUUGAUGCCUUAGGCCCGUCAUAACUGCUCCAACUUCACCUGCGACGUCGCAGCAGCCGUGUGUAGUGUAGCCCUCACGCGAUCUUUGUUACGCAAUCACACGACGACAUGGCGGAGGCUUCAUCCGAAGCGCCUACAGCUGCAGAAGUCCGCCCUCCAAAGCAAGUCAUCUACUGCGGCGUCUGUACGCUGCCACCAGAAUACUGUGAAUACGGCGGCACGCUCAAGAAAUGCGAAGAAUGGUUAUCCAAAGCCCAUCCAGACCUGCAUGACCGGUUAUACUCCGCCGAUGCUACAGCCAAUAGCCUAAGCACCCUCUCGGUGGACGCCCAAAAGCGCGCAGAGAAGGAUGCACAGAAGAAAGCCGCAAAGGCCGAAGCAGCCGAAGCGCGGGAGAGCGAGAAGCGGGCGGCGAGUAAGAUCUACAUCAAGCGUGUUGAGCGGAACAAGCGGAAGUUCGUUACCGAAGUCUCAGGGCUGGAGCAGUUCGGGCUAGAUUUGAAGAAGAUCGCGAAGGAGUUUGGGAAGAAGUUCGCGACAGGGAGUAGUGUGACGAAAAAUGCGGGUGGCACUGGGGAAGAGAUCACCGUUCAGGGAGACGUGAGCGAUGAUAUCUACGACUGGUUGUUGGAGAAUCACGAGGAGAUCCCUGAGGACAACAUCGAGUUGAUCGAGGAUAAGAAGAAGAAGGCGGCGGCAUGAGAGUGUUGUUUUGUGGUAUCAUGACUGUCUACGGGAUAACUUCUGCGCUCUUCAGGCGAGCUGACUAUAUACAUGGGCGGGUGAUACCUCCGAUUGAUGCCAUCAGAGGCUGCUACUGCGCUCACGGCCAGUCAAACACCUCCAGCGGCUUCGUCCACACCUCGGUAUCAAUAUCGCCGUAAUAAUACCGCCCUUCUCUGG